AGAUACAUCUAAAAUGACUCUUUGCACACAAUUGAGUACAUCAGCGCCACGUCCUCAAAGACGUCCAGGGCGACCCCCUGGUGGUAAAAAAAUUAUGGCUCCCGGAAAACUAAGGUCCACUUAUAGAAGAAGCCUGGAUCCUUGUGAUAACUCGAAUGAUAGUGGAUUAGGAUUUGAUCAUCACGCAGAUCCUCAUCACCACACGAUGACCAUGUCCGAACGUCUAGCCUGGACAGGGGAGAGAUCCGGAGCCAAAAGACUUUGUACGAACAUCAAAGUUGAGCAUGAAGAAGCCAACGGCAAUUAUUGUUUCCCAAAUGCUCCUAUGCAAUGCAAAGACAACAAUAAUAUAUCAUUAAUACGAACUGCUCCAUCUGGUUCAGUACCAGCACUGAAUAUAUCGAAUAGUUCGAGGGCUUCUUCAGGAAGAGCUGUGCCUCGAUGUACUCCAAUUAUAGGCAGGCAAGCGCCUACAGCACCUAUAUCCCUUGUUACACAGUUAACUUCUACGUCACGUUACGGUGAUGUGGCGUUAACAAUUAUAAAACAGCCAGAGCAACAGCACAGAGCUCGAUAUCAAACAGAAGGAAGCAGAGGGGCCGUAAAAGAUAGAGAAGGAAAUGGAUUUCCCAUUGUUCAAUUGACUGGUUAUUAUAAACCAGCUGUUCUUCAAGUAUAUAUUGGUACUGAUGUUGGUAAAGUAUCCCCACACAUGUUUUAUCAGGCCUGUAAAGUAAGCGGUAAAAACUCUACACCAUGUGUAGAGAAAAAACUCGAUGGUACUUGCGUGAUUGAAUUGGCUCUGGAUCCUACUAAAGAUAUGUGUGCCACUUGUGAUUGUGUAGGAAUUUUAAAGGAAAGAAAUGUGGAUGUAGAGCAUCGAUUCCCUGAACAAUUAGGGAAUAGGAGUAAGAAAAAAUCAACAAGAUGCCGUAUGAUUUUCAGAACGACGAUUACGCACGACAAUGACAGUACUGAGACAUUACAAGUGUGUUCCCAGCCUAUAGUCUGCACUCAGCCUCCUGGCAUUCCAGAAAUAUGCAAAAAGUCCUUGACUUCGUGUCCGGCAGGUGGCGGCUUGGAACUGUUUGUUUUAGGUAAAAACUUUUUGAAAGACACUAAAGUGUACUUUCAGCAAUUUGAUGACGGCCGGGUUUGUUGGGAACAAGCCGUGGCACCGGACAAAGAAUAUUUACAACAGACACAUUUUGUGUGUGUUGUACCGCCGUACCACCGUCCGAACAUAACCGAACCGGUACCGGUCCGGUUAUGUGUUGUAUCGAGUGGUAAAACGAGCGAAUCGCACCAAUUUGUUUAUACGCCAAUAAAUGGGACUGCGAGUGUGCAUAUGGACGCUCACGCUCAACGCGCACCUUCUUUUAAAGGGGCCAUAUGGUCCUCUUCCACAAAUAAUAAUUCAACUUUCCACAAGCACCAACAAGAUUUGGACAUGAUGCCACCACCAGAAACCAAUUUGGUACCCUUAGCUACCAGACGUCCAUCGAUCAAUAUGCCUUCAACCAGUAACGAUGCUCAUUCGCCUCCAUUACACUCUUUGAAACAAGAAUACAUUGACGAAAACAGUCAGGGUUCCUUAUCGGACUCAAUGGACGUUAUGCAAGAGCGCUACAGACCCAUUUCUGAAAGCUCGUUGGACGUGAAUCACGAUUCCAACAUAUCUAUGAUUAACGAAAAUUCCAUGAUGAGCCACUUAAGUGAAAAUUCGAAUCUAAGCAUGAGUGAAGAAAGUAUGGAAAUGGUGCGUCGUAACUCACUAAACAUGUGCGAUAAUGCUGUUAUGAACGAACCAAAUGACCGAGCAAUGUUGCCAACUCAAGUAAUGGAUCUCAGAAUGAAGCUUCCAAUGAACGCUUCGAUCAACGAUUACGUUACAACAGCUUCUUCAUUAAGAAAAUUUGGAAUUGAGCAUAGCAGCGCUCCAUUAACUCCACAAAGCGCUCAAAGCGUAGCAAAUUAUUUGACUAAAAUCGAAACUAAACAAUUGUCGACAGCUCAAGCUAUGUCAAGUUUAAUUCCAUCACAAACGACUCAGUUCCUAACAUCACAGCAACCGUUUUUACCUGAAGCCACUGCCAUUAGCACUAUCGCUAAAUCUGAAGCAGCAGCGAUAGCAGAACAAGCAAUGAUGGCAAAUGGUACUACAACAACAGCCAACGCCAAUACAACUUUAACUACAGCUUUAGAGGGCAGCAUUUCUACACCGAUAAACGCGGAGAAACUUGAUGAAAUUUUAAAUUCCACUUUGGAAUCUCAUAUGAUGAGAAGUCAAGCCACAAAAACAACUAACGGCGCAAUUGUUACUACGCAAGAUGUUAUGAUGAGCAGUGAAUCCCCUUUGUUAGUACCUUCUGUUAAUGUUAUCAACAGCACUAAUUUAACCAAUGGACUUUUGGUAGCAACUCCUCAAGACACGCACUCAGCAGCCACACUUAGUCCUGAAGUUAUUUUAAAUUCGCAACUUUCUCCAAGUUUAAUGUGUCGAAAUUCUCCAUCGGUGCCACAAGAGAGUUUGAUUGGUGCCUCAACAUUGUCUGCUAUAUGUCAAAGUGGUACCACAAAUUCUACCGAUUCUAAUUUAUUGUCUGGUUCUAUGCCAACAGUUACGACGCAAGAAUCUGUUGCCUUAUUGAGUUCGGAGCCUGAAAAGGCUGUUUUAUUAGAAGCAGCGGUGGACUUUUUGAAGACGCAAAAAAAAAUUUGCGAAUUGACCACUACCGCUCAGGAUAUUAUUUCAAUACCGUCCACGGUUACAGUUACUGAUAGUACGGCAUUGGGUAUGGAAAAUACUAUGGCUUCAAGUUUUAUGCCUUUUGCUAGUAGCACUCAGUCCAGUGUAAUGAUGUCAAAAAGCAUCUCUGAUCAGAAGAGGGACUAUAUUCCGAUAGCUAUCAAAGAUAUUGCUACUACAACAGCAAACGACAGAAAAAACGAGGAUAGAAUGAUUCCUCAAUCGUUUACGUCGUUGACUGAAAACGAGCUGAUUAAUCUCAUCAAUCCAACAUGCUUUGAUCAAGGUAAUGCUUACCAUCAUUAG